AUGAUCCACCCCGACCAAAUCCAGUGGUUCAAGUACCCACGUGCCCUUAUUUGGCCAUCAAUUUUCAUAGUUAUUGCUAUCUUUUGGUGGUGUAAUGUAUACUUCCUGUUGAGUAGUAACGCUACAUUCAAUGCUUAUUUAAACGAGACUAUCUAUGAGAAUUAUGAGGAAAGGAUUGAGAGACUCUCUUAUAUUGGUCCAUUGUACUUUAUCAUUGGUGACAAAGAAGAUAUCCAAAUCCAGUGGAAGAGCUGUCUAGGAAUGAUCAAUGUUUAUUGUAUUGCGAUCACCACCCUUGUCACAAUAAUGUCCCUCGGAUACGCCGUUUACAAAAAGAUGCAAUCGGUGAACGACAUGGUAGCUGAGAAGACGCGGGCACUUCAGAAACAACUGUUCCAUGCACUUGUUCUUCAGACAAUCGUCCCUAUCAUCUUCAUGUACACCCCAACAACCGUUCUAUUCAUCUGUCCGAUAAUUGGUGUCGAGUUGGGAGUGAUUGCCAACAUGACAUCGAUCUGUUUGGCGCUUUAUCCGGCACUCGAUCCCCUUGUCGUCAUGUAUUUUAUUAGGGAUUAUAGAGCGUUUUUGAUGAAAAAAUUGAGACUGACCCGAAGUGUGUCAUCGGCGACACGAAACACAUCAAUCACGAAACACGAGGAGGACAUUAUUUGA